AUGGCCAAAUCGGCAACCGGCCUCAGUGUAUUGGCAAGUAUAAACAAGUUUUUGCUGUUCCUAGAAAUCGUUAGUUUAGCAAAGUUUUGUCCGUUUAUGUUGAAAGAAUUUCUACUGAAUCUCUUGUUGGUGGAAACCAUUUGCAAUUUUUCACUUUUUGAAGGAGCGCAUUCAGGGUGGAUUGUACUCAACUUUGAAAAGUGGCCGUUUUCUGAAGGACAGGAGGAUCCAGAGCACAUGCGGCCCCAGCAUCUUAGGAUCCGGUCUUCGCAGAAGAGAAGGAAUCUCUGGGAACUGGUCUAAAGAGGCAAUGCUGCCAUCGCCCCGACGAGAAAAUCCACGAAAGUUAUUUUUUGAGUCCCUCUUAGUCCCAAUCAUGUCGCAGGAUUAAAGUUCCAAACCGACACGGGGAUAGGUUGUAAUUUAAAUUGAAAAUGGUAUAGUGGCCGCUAAUUCAGAACGUCAUUAUUUAAUUAGCGAGUGGAUUUUCGAAAUAUUAUGGAUUUCUUAAAUCAGGUUCUAUCUUUUCUCGGGGCUUAAAACAUUUUAAAAAUUCUUUCAGAAUACACAAAUAAGUUGUUUUCAAAAUUCCCAAAGUUAGAAUCAGUCUUUCAAAAUGUUAUAAUUCAAUUUGGAGACCAAGAAAAGAUUUCGUAGGCAGACUGCGCAUCGAAGGAAUUUCAGCAUGUUAAAAAAAUUAUUAUUUCAGUUUUCCUUCAGUGUGAAGA